AUGGAUUCCUCUGAUAUUGAGUACACCGUUACUUCUUCCAUGCACGCAAUUUACCCGUUCGCAGCCGAGCUAACGGGCAUCUCCCAUAUCAUGUGCCGUUUCGGCGAAGCCAAUGACUGCUUCACUAUCUCGCGAGAGAUUGAUGAAGCCCUUGCGCGUGUAUUAUUAAAAGGCAGAGCAGUUACUCAAGUCAAGAUCUGGAAGAUCACUACUAAAGACUACGAAGUCGACGCUGAGUCGGAGAAAUUGCUGACCGAGAGGUGUUGCUCUGUUCCCGCGGAUGAUGAUGAUGAUGAUUCACCAACGAUCAAGUUGCUCCGAUAUAACUUGAAUGGAUCGACGGGAUGUGUAAUUUGCAUGGAUGAGUACGUUGAAGGAUCAGUCGUGGUGAAACUGCCUUGCGAACAUGAUUUUCAUGGAGGUUUUUGA